AUGGCAGCCCUUACUCCAGCCCAGUUGGAACUUGCUAGUUCCCUGGCACAGGACGAGUUGCCUUCGAAGUUGAAGUGCGCCAACUGUAAUAAGCUUGCGGUUAACGCUUUCCGACUGCCGUGUUGCGAGACAGCCAUCUGCGAAACCUGCCAGUCAACGCUCCCCUCCUCGUGCCCUGUGUGUGAGCAUUCGCCAGUCUCGGGCGAUGACUGUACCGUAUACAAGUCCCUGCGAACUACGAUCAGAGUUUUUUUGAAGACGGAAGAGAAGAAGCGAGAAGCAGCGCGACCAAAAAGCAACGAUUCUCCGCCGCUCACACCUGUUGAACCCACUCCGACUCCAACACCUACAGUCGCAAAGUUGCCUGCCGAAUCGACUCUCGAUGGCAAUACCACCUCAGCACCCCCUGCCGGCUCUGAAGGUUCAACUGAACAAGCUGCUUCAGCUACAGGCGAAACUAUACCCGACGCCGAGAAUCAUCAGUCAAAUGAAGACGAACCUCAACAGGUAGGCAUGAAGAAUGAAACGCUGGCCCGCGGAAGAAGCUCACAUUCGCAGGUUGAUGAAUCAUUACCUCAGCCAAAGGACCAAGACGCGAAUAAUGCUGAAGAUGAGGCCGUGGAGCCACAGGCACCCAGCGCCAGCGACCAACAAGACGAGACCACCAAUGGAGAUGAUAUGGAAGGUCAAGACUCAUCCAAACAGAACGACGAUGAUUACGAGCAAGAGUCCGGCGAUUAUUCGAACGGUGCAGGUUUUGAUGGUACAGGCAUGAAUCCCAUGCAGAUGCAAAUGAUGAUGAUGCAGAACUCAAUGAACCCAUCCUUUGGAGGGUUCCCAAUGAUGGGCAUGGGCAUGGGUAUGGACCCGAUGGCGAUACAGAACGUAAUGAUGAGUGGAGGCUUUGGGGCACAAGGCAUGAACAUGAACGGCAUGAACAUGAAUAUGGGCAUGAAUGGCUUCAAUGGUGGCAGCAAUGACUGGAACGAUCAGCAAUCCUGGCAAGAUAAUUUCAAUCCAAAUGCUACUGGCAUGGCCAACGGUGACUUUGGCAACUUUAACUCGGGCUUCCAAGGAGGCUACAAUGCAGGUAACUAUGGCCAGUUCAACGGACAAGGCAACUACCAGUAUCGAGGCAGAGGUGGCCGCGGUCGCGGCUGGCGUGGUGGCUACGGUCGUGGUGGCUACAACCAAGGCUAUCAGCGUCACUAUGGCCAACAGCAGAUGUGGAGUCAAGACAUUGCGCAGCAUCCCAGCAAUAACUUUAUGUCGCAGGAGGGCGCUGGUGGUGAAGAUGACGGAGCGCAGAAACCCGGCAACACAGAUGAGUUUGGCAGAACAGUGCCUGCGAACGGGGAGCCGGAUGCUGCGGGCCAAGAUCCCCAUGGAACGGAAGGCACUGAUAAUGUCUCCGGCGAAGAUCAUGGUGAAUCUGGCAUAGCCAAUGGUGAUGUCUCCACAGAUUCGUACUCGCGACCACAAGGCUUUUCGUAUGGUGCUGGCGCUCCCGCAGCCCCCAAUGCACCGCUGAAUGCUCCUACUGGACCCAAGGCUAUGCGCCAGGGGUUGCCAAACACCAGUACACUGCAUCUGCGCGCUCGUGGCUUCAUCCAAGAUCAUCGUCCUGCAAUUACUGAUAGCCCUGUCGUCGAGAGUCCCAUUCAGGAUGAGCGACCACGGUCGCGGAGUAGUUCUCGGCACUCCCAGCAUACACGUGACAAGACGGACCGUCUAUCUGACCAGGACAGAGAAGAUUAUGGUAAUGACAGAGACGAGAAGAGGAGCAGGGGUAAUGACAGAGAUCACGGUCGCUCUCAUUCUCGAUCUAGGAACCGAAGUCAUAGUCAGUCUCGCGAUAGGGACCACAAGGAUUCGCAGCGGAACAGAAGACAUCAGUCGGAGGCCAUCACAGAAGGCAACCGAGAUGAUGACAGCCGUAAACACAGGCAUAAAUCCCGACGGUCAACCCGAGACGACGACUACAAGAGUCGGCCCAAGGAUGACAAAUACGAGGAAAGGUCGAGGUCUGGCUCGCCAGACCGUGACCGUGAACACAGGCGUUCUGGACAUAGAAGCCAUAGGGAAAAGGAACGCGACAGCGAUCGUGAGUAUCGUAAGAAGUCAAGCCACCGUUCCCGACACGAAUACGAGCGAGAGCGAGAGCGUGACCGAGAUCGACCUCGUGAUCGAGAUAGGGACAGAGACCGGGAACGGGAGAGGGAUCGCGACAGAGACAGGGAUCGUGAUCGCGAUCGAAAAGAGCGCCGACGAGACCGUGAUCGCGAUCGGGACCGGGACGGAGAACACCGACACAGAAGCAGUCGCAAAGGUUCUCGUGAGCCUUCAGUGUCCACCGAUAUGGCAGCGAAAGAUUUCAAUCCACCUAGUGGACCUCGAGGUAGCAGCAGCAGCAUCGCUGCCAAGGGUUCCAGUUCCAUGGCUGAGUUUUCCAUCAAAGGUGCCAGUGCGAAGACAAAGUCUUCGUCGCAUCGGCGUGAUAGUGAAAUUUCGACCUCACGACGUGGUUCUCACGCCUCGACUGCUGCUGCAUCGAAGGGUGCUCCUGCUGCCCCUGCCAAAGACCCCCAUACUUUAGAGCGUGAGGCUAGAGACCGAGAGAGACUACUAAAAGAGGCACAACGGAUGGCGGGCCUUGCCGGUCUAGCUGGUCUGAAGCGAAGUCGGGAUGCUGGUGAUGAUCGUGGCGGCAGACGCAAAAAUCGUCGCGGCGAGUCUGCCUCUGAGAGUGAUGAGCAACGAAUGAGGCGUCUCGAGGCAGAAAGAGAGGGAGACCGUUGGGAUUAA